AUGCUCAACAAAGCUUCUGCGCUGGCUUCUCAUUUAGAACUUCAGAGCAGAGAGUUCGCGGAUAGGGCAACAAACCCAGUCCUCGCUGAAUCAUGCCGCCGGACAUAUUGGGGAUUAUAUACACACGAGAUGCUGCUUGGUUUGGGACAAAAUCAGCUUUACUUAACACUCUACCCUCCUGGACCCAGUUUUGUGGUAGGACUUCCGUGUGAGGAUUGGGACUACCAGGCCGGGAAUAUUCCAGCCUCAAUAACUCUUGAAGAGCAACCCGGCACAACCUCAGGUAUGCAAGUCAGCUUAUCGAUUCCUGGCGGUUUAAAGAAAGAUCGCGUUGGGGAAGAUGGUAUGUUUGAUAUGAUCCUAUACCAUGCGUUAGCGGUCUCUUUUGGACUCGAGAUCCGGAUGCAGGCUCAUCUCUACGGACACUGGGAUGAACAUGUCGCGGCUCCAUUACUUCACAGUGUUGCUACAGGACAUGGCGCUCCGCUACCAGUGGUUCUCCAACCAACAUUGCGUCUGAUGGCUCUUCUUGGUUCUCAGCUUGUACCAGAGAAGUUCUCCCCUUCAUGUCUACUUGAUUUGGAACAAGCAGCCUCAACUUUGCGUCAUGCUGUGCUCCAUGGUGCAGGGCAGCCAGAUUACAGAUCUAGAGUUUUGUUUCUGGCAGAGUUCCUCAAAAAGUCUGGGGAAUUCUGGCCCAGGUCAAAGGUGUUAUCUGACUUUUUCAUGGAGGCACUGGGCAGAGGCGGCUAUGAGCAUGGGUAUAUGGAACUUUCUCAAGCUACGUCAGCGGUUGGUUAUAGACCUGCGCCUGUAACCGAGGGGGACUCUCUCUGGCUCAGGUCGCGCACAUUGGAGCACAUGGGUGGUUGGUCGGGGCUGCCAUCAUACUCGCUGCAAUGUGAGCCAGAGACGAGUGUUGUAGCUUGGGCAGGAAAUCUAACUCCAGCUCCUGGCGGAAAUAUGACAGCCUGGGAUAUAACAGCCGACGCAGGAGGUUCAGUUUCGGAUACUUACAUGGAAGAAUGGUGUUCAGAUGACAAAUCAAGGGGAGGCUCGGUUUCUGUGAAAGUUGAGAAGUGA